CAACCACCUUGGAGAAUACCGCUGUAUUAACGUUAUGCAGCUUUUAGAUGGCUUAAGCCGUGGAUAAUCCGAGGCUAACUAGACUAGAGGAAUGGAUGGGCUUGACACAGUCUUCCAUCAAUACCACUGUCCUCAACUGGUUCUGACAAGAAAUGAGCUGCAAAUGUCUUUAGGUUAUUGCCUCUGGCUAGGUCCAGAAUUGCAGAUAUUCUGUGGUGUUUGAAGGUGAAUCUGUAUACUUUCAAGAUCAGAUGAAUAGGUUUGCAACUUGGCUAGCCUCUUGUGAAAAUUGAGGUGCCUGUCUGAAACUUGCUGGGCAGAAAGUCAUCUACUCUUGAGCUCUGAAAGCUGAGAGGCAAAUCAGGGUGACUCACAAGGAGGAUCCUCCUCAACCCCUGCUACAACAGGAGGUGCAUGAAAAUAGAAACACAGAAUCAGGUAGCUUGGUGAUGUAAAGGCCAAGAGCAGGGUAUUCUUGUACCUCCUUCCUGAUGUUAUAGCUUAUUGUUGAAUGCCAUCUAUAUUUUCACUAGAGCCAGGUCAGCAGCAUUGAGAACCCUUUGUUCUUUAUUAGGCAAUCACCAAUAUAUAUUGGAUGCCUAUUUAAUGUAUGAAGCUAUGCCACACCAGUUUUAUUGGUGUUUCCUACCUUCUUACACAUUGUUUAUGUCAUUUGCUUGUAAUGUAGGGUUAAUGUUUUCAGAGUCCAUAGUAUCACUCCUGAUCAAAAUGAUUAGAGUGAUGAACCUUAAGAAAAGAACAUGUUGUCAGUAAUUGAAAUGUGCCACUCACAUAGGAGGACCUAUGUCCUGAGAAGAGCUUUUAGCUGAGUUACCAAGGUUGAGAUGUUUUGAAGCUCUCGAAUCAGAGGGAUGCUAGUUCUGCCAUGGGAAUCCUGCUGAGCAUCUGUGGGGAUAAAGCAUCCUCCUUCCACUAGUUUGGGCAAGAAUGCAGUCCUCAGUUAUUCCAGAAGGCCAGGCUUCCUCUCUGCUAUUGUAAAAGCAAAGGUUGAGCUGCAAGAGAACAGAAAUGGAACAUUUAAAAUUAAAAUUAGGAAAGAGGAAUGAAAGGAUUAAAGUAACAAAUGCUGAAACUUCUAAAAUAAUUCUAAAAGAUUAGUAAAUAUAAAUUGGGACAUUAAAAAUCAAAUUUUAAGGAAUAACUUUGGCAAGUUUAUUCUCUAAAAGGGUAAAAAUAAUAGUACUGUGUCUAACAACAUGGGUGUGCUGUUGUGAAUACUUUGUGUAAAUUCACUUAUAAAACCUUCACAACCACGUGAGGUAGGUGCUACUGCCUCUUUACACAUAGAGAGCCCAAAUAAAGGAUACAAGGUGUAUGAGAUGGAGCCAGUGUUUGAGUCCAGACAGCCUGGAUGCAGAGUCUUUAUUAUUAUUUACUAUGGAAAGGUGACGAUAGAGUAAAAAGGAAAUGUGAAAGUUGAUAAUUUUUAAAAACAAAUGAUCCAAAUAGUCAAUAAACAUUUAUGAGGACAUGAUUAUCCUUACAUGACAUGCAGAUUAAAAACUACAAGUUUCUUUUUCAUAUCCAUCAGAUUGGCAAAAACUUAAAAACUUCGUAAUACCAAGUGUUUGAGAGGAUGUGGAACAAAGGAAACUUUCAUACUCGGCUGGAGAAAGUGUAAAUUGGUACAGUCACUUUGGAGAGAAAUCUGACAAGAAAUGCACUUGGUGAUGGAAAGAGAGCCAUUAUUCUGAAGAGCACUUGGCCAAAGGGUCAUUAUCGUUAUUGUGCUGCUCUUUCUAUGCUGGGGGAAUAUGACUGGGCCCUGCAAGCAAACAUAAAAGCUCAAAAACUCUGUAAAAAUGACCCUGAGGGAAUCAAGGAUCUAAUUCAGCAGCAUGUAAAGUUACAAAAACAAAUAGAAGACCUACAAGGUCGAACACCAAAUAAGAAUCCAAUUAAAGCUUUUUAUGAAAGCAGGGCCUAUAUACCUAGGAAUUUAUCAGCACCUGCUUUUAGUACUUCACUUAACUUUGUGGAGACAGAAAGAGAUCUCAAAAAAACUAACUACAAGAUGGCAAACGGUGGUAAUCAGAAUCUAAAGGUGGUAGAUGAGGCUUUGAAGGUAGAUGAUUGUGACUGUCAUCCUGAAUUUUUACCACCACCAAGUCAGCCUCCAAAACAUAAAGGAAAACAAAAAUCCCGAAACAAUGAAUCAGAGAAAUUCAGUUCUAGUUCACAGUUGACUUUACCAGUUGAUUUGAAAAACAUCUUGGAGAAACAGUUUUCUAAAUCUUCCAGAGCUGCACACCAGGAUUUUGCUAAUAUAAUGAAAAUGCUAAGAAGCUUAAUUCAAGAUGGUUACACAGCCUUAUUGGAGCAGCGUUGCCGAAGUGCUGCGCAGGCCUUUACAGAGUUGCUAAAUGGUUUAGAUCCUCAAAAAAUAAAGCAAUUGAACCUGGCCAUGAUUAACUAUGUAUUAGUAGUAUAUGGACUUGCCAUUUCUCUGCUUGGAAUAGGACAGCCUGAGGAAUUAUCUGAAGCUGAAAACCAGUUUAAAAGGAUUAUUGAACACUACCCCAAUGAGGGACUUGAUUGCUUGGCCUAUUGUGGAAUUGGAAAAGUAUAUUUAAAAAAAAACAGAUUCCUAGAAGCUCUCAAUCACUUUGAGAAAGCAAAAACCUUAAUUUGUCGUCUUCCAGGAGUGUUAACUUGGCCCACCAGUAAUGUGAUUAUUGAAGAGUCUCAGCCAGAGAAAAUAAAGAUGCUGUUAGAGAAAUUUGUUGAAGAAUGCAGGUUCCCUCCAGUGCCAGAUGCUAUUUGUUGCUAUCAGAAGUGUCGUGGAUAUUCCAAAAUCCAGAUAUACAUAACUGAUCCAGACUUUAAGGGUUUUAUACGAAUCAGCUGUUGCCAGUAUUGUAAAAUAGAAUUUCACAUGAACUGCUGGAAGAAGUUAAAAACAACCACCUUUAAUGAUAAAAUUGACAAGGAUUUUCUACAAGGAAUUUGUCUUACCCCUGACUGUGAAGGUAUCAUUUCUAAGAUUAUCAUCUUUAGCAGUGGUGGUCAAGUUAAAUGUGAAUUUGAACACAAGGUCAUAAAAGAAAAGGUUCCUCCAAGACCUAUUCUGAAACAGAAAUGUUCUAGCCUAGAGAAGCUAAGACUGAAAGAAGACAAAAAAUUGAAAAGAAAGAUCCAAAAACAAGAAGCAAAAAAAUUAGCACAAGAAAGAAUGGAAGAGGACUUAAGAGAAAGUAAUCCGCCCAAAAACGAAGAACAGAAAGAAACUGUAGACAGUGGUCAGAAUUGUCAGUUCAUUGAUGACAGAAUUCUGCAGUGCAUAAAGCAGUAUGCUGACAAGAUUAAAUCGGGUAUACUGAACCCUUCCAAGCUUCUCAAAGAAUUGCUUUCUUGGAAAGUUCUGAGCACAGAAGACUAUACAACAUGUUUUUCUAGCAGAAAUUUCCUCAAUGAAGCAGUGGACUAUGUCAUUCGUCACUUGAUUCAAGAAAAGAAUAGAGUAAAGACAAGGGUAUUUCUUCAUGUUUUGAGUGAGCUUAAAGAAGUGGAACCCAAAUUAGCUACCUGGAUCCAGAAACUUAAUAGCUUUGGCUUAGAUGCCACGGGACCUUUUUUUUCUCGAUAUGGAGCAUCUCUUAAGGAGCUUGAUUUUAGCAUCAUGACGUUCCUCUGGAGUGAGAAAUAUGGCCAUAAACUAGCCUCUAUAGAAGGAAAGCAACUUGAUUACUUCUGUGAACCAACGUCAUUAAAAGAAGCACGUUGUUUAAUAUGGCUGUUGGAAGAACACAGAGACAAGUUCCCAGCAUUGCAUAGUGCUUUAGAUGAAUUCUUUGAUAUAAUGGACAGCCGCUGUACUGUAUUAAGGAAACAAGAUAGUGGUGAAGCUCCGUUUAGUUCUACCAAGGUUAAAAACAAAGGCAAGAAAAAGAAGCCAAAAGACACAAAGCCAAUGUUAGUUGGGUCUGGAACAACUACAGUAACACCAAAUAAUGAGACUAUCAGUUCAGGUGAAGACUAUAAAAGACGCAAUUCAGAUUCUGCAGGCCCAUUUGCUGUGCCUAACCAUCUUCGGCAAGAUGUAGAAGAAUUUGAAGCUCUCUAUGACCAGCACAGUAAUGAAUAUGUUGUCCGCAAUAAGAAAAUAUGGGAUAUUAACCCAAAACAAAAAUGCUCAACUCUGUAUGAUUAUUUCUCUCAGUUGUUGGAGGAACAUGGUCCCUUGGAUAUGAGUAACAAGAUGUUCUCUGAAGAAUAUGAGUUUUUCCCAGAAGAAACUCGACAAAUACUAGAAAAAGCAGGAGGUUUAAAAUCUUUUCUCCUGGGAUGUCCUCGUUUUGUUGUGAUUGACAACUGUAUUGCAUUAAAAAAAGUUGCAUUACGACUUAAGAAAAAAAGAAAGAAGAAAAACAUUAAAACAAAAGUGGAAGAAAUUUCAAAAACAGGAGAGUAUUUACGAGUCAAACUACCACUGAAUCCAACUGCUAGGGAAUUUAAACCAGAUGUAAAGUCCAAACCAGUGUCUGAUUUGUCUUCAGCACCAGUUUCUGAGGAUGUGAAGCCCAAACCUGUGUCUGCUGAUUCUCCCAAACCAACUUGUGAAGACAUUACACCCAAAUCAGUACCUGAUAGUUAUUCCAGUCCAGUUUCUGAGAAUGAGAAACCCCAAGGGGUCUCUUCUGAUUCUCCCAUAUCAGUCCCUGAGGAUGUAAAUCACAAACAAGUCUCCUCUCAUUCUCUCAAACCAGUUUCCGAGGAUGGGAAACCAACCUGUUGGACUCAAUCUCACUUGGUCACAGGAUACUGUACAUAUCUUCCUUUUCAGGGAUUUGACAUCACCCAGACACCACCAACAUACAUAAACAUGUUACCAAGUUUGCCCCAGUAUACCAGCAUUUACACACCUUUGGCCAACAUUUCUUCUGAAUAUCAGCUGCAGAGAUCGAUACCAGUGGUGCCAUCUCUUGUAGCCAGUGACAAAGCUGAUAAAAACACUGCUGCCUAUUUUGAGGAUCACAAUUUAAAUGCUAAGAAUGUUGCUGGUAACCAGAUUGUCUCUGAAACACAGAUCCUUGAGGACUCUUUGGGAAUACAUGUAAAGUCACAGAGCAGCCUGGGUGAUGCUGGUACAGCCCCAAGUGAGUCUCACAGAAAUGAUGGGCACGGUGGGAACCCUAAAAACAAAUGUGAAGUCAGUCCAGAAAGGUCCAGUGCCCUAACAAAUAUUCCACAUACACAGAUGGUUGCUGUACAGGUGUCUUGGAACAUAACAAACCAAGAAGUUAACACUGAGCCAUAUGAUCCUUUUGAGAUACAACAGGGGGAUAUUUCACAGAUUGAAAAGGAAUACCAAGUAUUACAAGAGCAGCUUAAGGAAGCAUGUGAAAAUUAUGAGCAGAUAAAACUCAACAGCUCAGAAGAGACCAGAGACCUGGAAGAAAAGUUGAAAAGGAACUUAGAAGAAAACAAGAUCUCAAAGACAGAAUUAGAUUGGUUCCUCCAAGAUUUGGAAAGAGAAAUUAAAAAAUGGCAACAAGAGAAAAAAGAAAUCCAAGAAAGAUUAAAAGCACUGAAGAAGAAAAUUAAAAAGGUUUUAAAUACAAGUGAAAUGUCUACCCCGAAAAAUGAUGGGAUGGAUAACAAACCUGAAUUACAUCUGGAUCAGUCCCUUGAAAUCAGUAAUACAUUUACAAAUGAGAAGAUGAAAAUAGAAUUAUGUAUAAAGAAAGGGAAAGAGCAUUAUGAAGAGAGUCAUCAAAGAGCCGUGGCUGCAGAGGUAUCUGUGCUGGAGAACUGGAAGGAGAGUGAAGUGUUUAAGUUACAGGUCAUGGCAUCACAAGCAGAAGCCUAUCUUAAGAACCUCAAGCUGACAAGCAGUGAUUCCACAGAAUAUCCCAACAUGGAGUCUGAUAUCUGUUCAUGGGAAUCAUUUCUUUCUAAUGUUACAAAAGAAAUUGAGAGAGCAAAAUCUGAAUUUGAAGAUCAAAUUAAGGCCAUUAAAAAUGGUUCUCGACUCAGUGAGCUUUCUAAAGUGCAGAUUUCUGAGCUUCCAUUUCCUGCCUGUAACAAUAUUCAUCCUGAGUUUCCCCCUGAGUCUUCAGGCCAUGAUGAUCAAGGGCCUGGGACAUUUGUAAACAGUGCAACUGGAGCAGUUAAGGAUUUAGAUCUGUUCUCCACCGGUGAUUGCCCAGAGGAGUCUACUGCACUGUCACCUCGGUUGCCCUCUGGUCAAACUGAAGUUACUCAGCCAUCAGAGCAUACAGGGGCCAGCCAGACAACUCCAUCUGAACAAAGCCCUGAGGCACAUCAGAAAGUACCUGUUCCUCCAGAACGUGCUUCAAGCCAGUCUCCAAAAAAGCCGUUCAACAGUAUUAUUGAGCACCUGUCAGUGGUGUUCCCAUGGUACAGCAGCACCGAGCUUGCUGGUUUUAUUAAAAAGGUUCGAAACAAAAACAAGAACUUACUCUCAGGAUUGGGUAUUGAUGAAAUUGUCCAAAGAGUGACAGAACACAUUGUAGAUGAAGAGAAAAAGAAAAAGCCAAAUCCAGGAAAGGGCAAGAGAACAUCUGAGGCCAGCUCUGCUGCUUCUGUGAACCAGUCUUCCCAGGGCCCACCCUCAAUUGCUGGACCAUCACCCAAAACUAAGGGACAGAAAACAGAAGAUGUCCCCAUGAGUGUUGUACUAGAUGCAGAUUCCUGUGAAAUAUGCCAUGAGGUGUUCAAAUCAAAAAAUGUGCGUGUGCUAAAAUGUGGACACAAGUUUCACAAAGGGUGCUUUAAGCAGUGGCUAAAAGGGCAGAGUAGUUGCCCUGCCUGUCGUGAUGGUGAUCUGUCAGAAGAGUAGUCUGUGUCUACCCUCCAGGACUGGCCAGCCAGUACUGCCUUCCUGCUGCUCUAGGUAGUCACUCUUCACUAAGCAUCACUCACCCACAUACCAAGUUGAAAUAAUGAUAAUUCCUACUUUCAGCAUAAAAAACAAACAUUUGACGAAUCUCUGGCAUUCUGUAUCACAAAGCGAAUCAGUGGAAAUCUUUAAUUCAGUUGCUAUUAGGUAAUUUCUCCACUCUGAUUCAAUAUUUCAGUGAUAGUCAAAUAAUGGCUUAUCAAAUGAUGUGUCAUUGCAUUCUUACAUUGUUAGCGCUGUUGUGGAGAUCUGUGAGAUGGGAGCUUCUUUGGGGAAGUAUUGUGAGCACCCCAAAGCAGUUUAAAUUAUAAGAAUUCUUAACCUGGUGAAGUGCCCAGGUUUCCCUUUUGUGUUUGAAAAAUCUGUUCCAGUGGCUCUAUAACAGAGAUGAUAUUGACCUUUAAAUUUUUUUAUAAGAUUCGGUAGUCUGAAAAUAUGCUUACAUUUUCCCUCAGAGAUCCUACAUUUUUAAAAUGGGCUUAAACAAGUCACAUUUUAAUAAUUUGUACUUAAUAUUAAAAUAUUGGCUGAUAUGGACCAAAAAGAUUCACAUUUCCUCUUCAUGAAAUGUCAUGUGCUUUUGAUUUUCAUUUUAUUUGUUUUUCCAUAUAUUUUUUUCCCUUCAUAUGGUAGUAGAUUGAAUCCUGGGCCUCACAAAUGCUAGUCAAGGAAGCUUUCCACCAGUGGGCUACAUCCCCAUCCACUCCAUAGGUUUUUAUUUUAUUUUUGUUUUUUAAUCUUUUUAUGAUGUAAUCUGAUAUUUGAAAAUCAAUUGCAAAAUUACUUUAUUAGUUAUCAGCCAAGACUUUCUUACCCCCCAAAUCAAGGCCGUGUAUUCAACAUACCAACCCCACAUUUGAAUUUGUUCUUAGAAUACGCUGCUGUUCUCAUUAGCAGUAUUUGGCUCUCUUUGUGAGUCAGUCAGCAAGUGCUUGGAUAUCUACAUCUAGCUCAGUGCUGAUCCCGCACAGGCACUGUAUAGACUAGUAACCAUCAUUCUCCUCCUUACCCACCCCCCAAAAGAAAAACUUGUGUAAUUAGACAAUUCUGCGGUGUCUGUGUUACAACUGUUCUGUGUUUGACAUUUGUGUAAAAUAAUGCAUGCAAUCUUGUACUGUGCCUAAGAACAAAACUGUGACUGCAUUAGGAACUAUUUAGAUUCUUUUAGUGACCUAUGGACAGCGGUAAAUAUGGAAAAGUGAAUCCUGGACACAUUCCACCACUCAAACAUGAAGGAUCAAAAAGUGAUUUUCAGUGUGUUCUUCGUUCCACUGCAAACUCAGUCAGUCACGAGUGUAUGGGCAGAUUUGGUCACCUUCCUCUGCCUGUGCUCCAUGUGAGUUGUGAUGUCUUGGUGACGUAGUCCAUAGAAGCCCCCUCCUUACUCUGAAGCAUUCUCCAUCUUGGUCCCUAAAACAUUGUCUGCAUUUUCAUGGCAGUUGAGAGCUGUGCAUAUUAAAAUACACAAGGGACAGUUUGUAGCAACUGGUAUGAAGGAGAAAAGCAACUAACGAGUGAGAGAAUGUAUUCUGUCCUUACCUUCAGAGCCUUGUGAACAUGCCUUACAUUUGUCCAGUAAUUGUCAAUAAACAGCAUUCUAAAAGA